AUGGAGUUACAAGUCUAUGGUGACUCCCAACUUAUCAUAAACCAGGUGAACGAUGAUUAUAAUACCAAAGAUGACAAGCUAACACCCUACAAACAAUUGGUGGAGGAAUUCAAGCAGCAUUUCACCAAUGUGGCGUUUGAACAAAUCCCAAGAAUACAAAACAGAGCAACUAAUGCAAUGGCUAUGGUAGGAUAUCUCCUAAAUAUGCCCAACAAUGGAACUCAGUUUGAGUUCAUAGUAGAACAGCUUAUGGUACCAACAUAUGAAAUCCCAUCCUCUGAGUAUGUCUGUAUGAUAGUAGAACCUGAAUCACUCGGGUACAGAGAAGUGUAUGCAUAUCUACAUGAUCAAUAUAUGUCUCUUGAUCUCUCACGCAAUCAACGAAAAACUCUUAUACGUCAAGCAUCAAGACAUACAAUCAUUGUUGAUACCCUAUACAAGAAAACAUUAGAUGGUACUUUUAUUUUAUGUCUAAAUUCUAAAGAAGCACAAAAACCUUUAAAAGAAGUGCAUGAUGGGAUCUGUGGUGCUCACUCUUCUAGUCAUGCAUUAGCCAAGAAAUUGUUGGGAACCUGA